CCCCAUGGCAUAUGCAUGCAUGGCCUGGCCUGCUCGAUCGAUGGAUGUGGGAUUUUUAUUGUGUGCGAACCUGCUUGCUGUAAAAUUGUAGACUAGUUCAGUGUCCGACAUGAUUCGCCGCUGUUCGCUCAGGCCCUUUCUGAGUCCCUUCUCAAGUCGAGCUGGCCAGCAGAAGAAUUCUCUCUUCCAGUCAGUGAGGAGUGUUCACGAUGACUCGACGACAGAAGUGGACCCCUCAGCAGUGAAUGUUGUGCAGAGCAUUGACUAUAAGUACAUUAUCAUGGGCCUGGGAAAUGUGGACUUCAUGCAAGCCAGACACAGCAUUGGCAUGCGCGUGGCGAAAUUCAUGGCCCAUGAGCUGAAAGGCACCCGGUUCAUCAGGGAUCGGCCACUGCUCGCGCAGGUCUCCACUGUACAGCUGCCGAACAGCGACCAAAUCUUGCUGUUGAAGUCGAACCUGGCCAUGAAUGCAAGCGGAAAGAGCCUGAGGAAGGCUGUUGAUAAGCAUCUUCUAUCACCAUAUGAAGUCAUUAUUGUAUAUGAUGAUAUGGAGCUAGAACCCGGGGAAGUUCAGUGGAAGGCCGGUGGGGGCUCAGAAGGGCACAAUGGUUUGCGAUCUGUCAUGGCCUCUUUGGGAAGUGAUCAAUUUGCUCGGGUACGUGUGGGAAUCGGCAGGCCUCACUCAGAGAAAGAGGUACGCGAGUAUGUGAUGAGUAAGGCUGUAGAGAGCGAGGAGAGAAGACUGCUGACCAAGUCGAUAUUUCUGGCCACUCAGAUGUUGCUGGACCGCAUCGCUGGCAACAGUGCACCCAAGUUAAAACCAAAGGGACCGAUGUUCUAGGCGUUCAGCACGGCCUAAUUGCCUGCUUCUCAGGCUGUGUGCUUUGUGUCGGCGGAGAAAUGGGGCAUGCCGCUAGCACCCGCAAGCGAAUCUGCUGACUCGCCUCCACCACCGUUGCGUCAUUCGCACACCGGUAACCGCUACAGGGCUUGUAAGGGCUACGUCACGGCGUGCUCACAGUCGUGACAAUGCCGACAUCGUAUGGAUCCAUACAUGUCAUCUUGGUGAGUUCCUUUAUACUAGGGUAACGCACCCCUGCUGGUAGUGUCUCUGCACUGCAUGGCCCUCCCGGCCGGUCGAGAGGGCCCCGGUCCGCUGCUGUUUAACCGAAAUACAAGUCACACCAGCAUGUGACAUGAGGUUCAUGCCAACUGGACGCUCUACUUCGCCAGGAUCAGAGCGGAGAUCGGAUUGACCCAAGCGUCGUCAUCUACUGACUUCUGACGUCAUCACGUCCCAACCCCGUAUCGCUAGUUUCUGUCAGUGGACCAAAGCCAGGCCUUCACUGAGAAGCAUUUUCUGAACAAAGGCAUAGAUUUGGAAAUCAAGUACACUACGGUACGUGCAUGUAAAUCUUCGUGUUGGUAUCUCCCCCCCCAAGGAAACAGUUCCUUGGGGAGAAAUCCCCAGUAUGCACACAUGGCCUCAUGACCCCCUCCCUCCUGCACACGUAUAGCCAGGACUGUGUGCUUAUCCACCUUUACUUGCAGUUGCAUGAUGACCCCGUACAAUCAAACACACGAGUACAGUGCGUAUUGCCUAUAGGGUUGGCGGCUAUAGUGAUCAAUUUUUCGAAUUAAUUUUCAUUUGCUACAUCUAGUAAAGCAUGCACACUUUAUUGCGCAGUGAUCGCGUAUACAGUAAUACUGUAGCCCUCUUUACUCUAUAGUAUUAGGCCAAGUAAAAAAAAAAGCUAGAUGAUCGUCCCCGUCCGCCCCAGUUUUUGUCAGCGCCCCAAGAAAUAUUUUAUUUUUUAAAUCGUGAGUUUUUGCCGAAAUCGUUGGUUUUUUACCGAUCGCGGAUGCAGGAAACAUGUGCACGCUUUGUUUAAUACUUUCUUUACUAUAUGGACCACAUACUACUAGUAUAUCACAACGUCAGUAUCGAUCUGCUGAAGAAAGAAAAAGAAAAAAAGAAAAAAAAAGAAAAAAAGAGAAAAAAAAACCUUGAUGUUGUUGUGUACACUGUGUGCAUGAGAGGGUAAAAAGUAAAAAAAUAAAAAUAAAAUCCUCCCGCCCUCCCCGAUUUUUCCAAAAAAAAGGACGAUCAUCUAGUAAUUUUUUUUACUCGGCCUUACAUUGUAUAUAGUCACCAAAUUCAUUUUUCAAAAAUCUUGAUUUACAGUCAAUUAUUUUUGAAUAGGAUAAAGUUAUACUGGGUCCAUCCUGGCACUCCA